CGUUUCUGGCUCCUCUAUAUCCUCGUCGUCUCUCCCUUUCUCGCUUUCCUCUUGUCUACUUUUCUCUUUCUGACCCUCUGAACAAGAAAGGAAAACCCUAGCUCGCCCCAUCUCAGAUUCACUACAUUGUCUUCUUCAAGAUGACUCAAGAUGUCGAGAUGAAAGAGCAACCAGCUGCCUCCAAUUCUCUCUCCUCAUUUUCUCCUUCCACUUUGCAACAUUUGAAGGAGAUUGCCUCUCUGAUAGAGACCGGUGCAUAUGCCCGGGAAGUCAGGAGAAUUGUGCGAGCUGUGAGGCUUACUAUGGCCCUCCGGCGGAAACUGAAGGCAUCUGUGCUCUCUGCAUUCCUCAAUUUUGCUCUGCCCCCAGGAUCAGAGGCGCAUAAUAGGUUGUCUUCUUAUCUUCCUAAGGAAGAUGAGCAUGAUAUGGAAGUUGAUACUGCAACCUCUUCACUUCAAGCUCCCGCAAAACAUCCAUUGCCAGAGCUUGAAAUCUAUUGCUACUUGCUUGUCUUGAUAUUUCUGAUUGAUCAGAAGAAGUACAAUGAGGCAAAAGCAUGUUCCUCCACAAGCAUUGCUCGACUGAAGAACGUGAAUAGGAGGACAGUUGAUGUUUUAGCCGCUAGGCUUUACUUCUACUACUCUCUAAGCUAUGAACUCACUGGUGAUCUUGCUGAAAUUAGAGGUGACCUUCUUGCCUUGCACCGAAUUGCAACAUUGCGUCAUGAUGAACUGGGACAGGAAACACUUCUCAACCUGCUACUUCGCAAUUAUCUACAUUACAAUUUGUAUGAUCAAGCAGAGAAACUGAGAUCAAAGGCACCAAGAUUUGAAGCUCAUUCAAACCAGCAGUUUUGCCGCUACCUUUUUUACUUGGGUAAGAUCAGGACCAUUCAGUUGGAGUACACGGAUGCAAAAGAGGCUCUCCUUCAAGCUGCUAGAAAAGCUCCUGUUGCAGCCCUGGGUUUCCGAGUUCAGUGCAACAAGUGGGCUAUCAUUGUUCGAUUACUGCUUGGUGAAAUCCCAGAGAGGACCAUUUUUAUGCAAAAAGGCAUGGAAAAGGCUUUGAGGCCUUACUUUGAGUUGACAAAUGCUGUUCGCAUUGGAGAUUUGGAGCUUUUUAGAUCUGUAGCUGAGAAGUUCUCGAGCACUUUCAGUUCAGAUCAGACUCAUAACUUGAUUGUUAGGCUGCGGCAUAAUGUCAUUAGGACAGGACUGCGCAACAUAAGUAUCUCCUACUCUCGUAUCUCAUUGGCUGAUGUUGCCAAGAAGCUAAGAUUGAACUCUGCUAACCCUAUUGCUGAUGCGGAGAGUAUAGUAGCUAAGGCAAUAAGAGAUGGAGCAAUUGAUGCAAUAUUAGAUCAUGCAAAUGGGUGGAUGCUGUCAAAGGAGACAGGUGACAUCUACUCCACUAAUGAGCCUCAAGCUGCAUUCAACUCUAGGAUUGUUUUCUGUCUCAAUAUGCAUAAUGAGGCAGUACGUGCACUUCGAUUUCCUCCUAAUUCCCACAAGGAGAAAGAAAGCGCUGAGAAAAGGAGGGAGAGACAACAACAAGAGCAAGAACUUGCAAAACACAUUGCAGAGGAGGAUGAUGAUGAGUUCUGACUUAGUUACCUCAAAAAGGAAUCUCUUUGACCGCAGGAUGCUUUCAUCAAGAUUUUCGUUUCUUUUAUUGGACCUACUGGUUGAAGAAGUUAAGAUUUCGUAUUUGGGUCUGUCAUAGAUACUUAUUUUGUUCCAGAACAAAGAUGACAUUCUUGGUUCCAAGUUUUUUAUAUCCUCCCUUUUCACCCUUCAAACUGUCUUUUGAGAUCAAUCAGAUACUACUUGUGAGAAACUUGCCUAAUUUCAGUCCUAUUCUCUUAUAAUUUUGUGUUUUAUCUUCAGUCAGGAUGGUCGAUGGCUAUUAGUGAAUCACACUUCUUAAAAAGUUCUAGGUAGUAUAACCGUAUUCCUUUACAUUCCUGGAAAGCAGGCAUCAUCCGAUAACAACAUAAGUGAGAAAGUAUUUCCAGUUUACAAGGAAAUAGGAAAUAUGACAGCAACUUGUUCAUCUUUAAUACAAUUCUAAGUUCAAGUUGUCACAAAUGAUACAGUGCCUAAUCAACUUCCAGAGGAAGAAAAAAUGAAAUGAAGAUGAUGAGGAAACAGUAAAAAGGUCUCUCCAAGUUUAAUGAAUGACGAUUGUCCAGAAGAUUUAAUAUCAAGGAAGGAGCAUUCAUCCAGUUGAACUCAACCCAAAUGACUUGACUAUAGUGGUCACCCUUUCUGCAAAAGUUCUGGAAGUUAUCUUUUUACCCGGAACAUGAAAUGGAUUUGAGACUGCAUCCACAUAUGCAGCAUGGAACCUCCUGAAAAACUACACCACAUCCGCCAAAGUAAAAGAGCAAGAAAAAGUCAAUGGCCAC